UUUUGAUCUGCUUUCCAUCGUAUUAUAGCCGCUUCAGCUAACUGAUCUGUAGCCAGCAAAGCAACAGGCCUUCUCUGAAGCAUUUGCACAUGAUGAAAGUCUUGCAUAUCAGAUGCUGUGUUGGGCGACCAGUUCUAUAAGGAGGCCAUUGAGCAGUGCCGCAGCUACAAUGCCCGCCUGUGCGCUGAACGCAGCGUCCGCCUGCCAUUCCUGGACUCUCAAACCGGGGUGGCCCAGAACAACUGCUACAUCUGGAUGGAACGUCACCAUCGCAGCCCCGGUGUUGCAGCCGGGCAGAUGUACACGUACCCCGCCCGCUGCUGGCGAAAGAAGAGACGGCUGCAUAACUCUACAGACCCCCGCCUGGGCAUCUACGGUCUGCAGCUCGACGGCGGUCUCAUGUCAAAGGACACUUUGCCGACCCAGAGCACUACACUGGAGGCUCUGCUUCGAGGAGAGGGUCUAGACAAGAGGAACGCCUCCAAGAACGACGAGGAGAGCCUGCUGGAGAUCCAGAGGGUUCUGGAGGCAGAUGCAGCGGAAGAUGCUUUCAAUGAUGAUGAUGACUAUGAGGUGGACACUCCCAAGCGGAGACAUCGGGGCAAGGGAAGAGGUCGGGGUUCAGGUCGCAGGAGGACAGAUCUAGAUGAUGAUAAGCCAUAUGUCUGUGAUAACAGAUACAAACAAAGGCAGAACUCCAAGUCUUCGACCUCAGUCUGUACAAAGCGCUACAGGAACCGCACAGGUCUAAGCUACCACUACACCCAUUCCCACCUGGCCGAGGAGGACAGAGCUGGGGAACGGAGCACAGUUGCUUCCCAACCCCCCACUGCACCACAGACUGACAGACACAAACGUCCAAAGGGUCCAGGUGGGGCCAGCAUUCCCAACAAUUACUGUAAUAAAUGCCAGGGCUCAAACAAGAAAACGGGUAAAUCUGGGUCUCCCUGCUCAGCCUGCCAGUGCACAACUGACUGUGGAGAAGAGAAGGAAGACGGGACUUUUACUGGAGCUGAGGAGCUCUUCGGCACCACCUCAGAGAGCGACACUUCCACUUUUCAUGGCUUUGAAGAUGACGAGCUGGAAGAGCCGGCCGCAAACGGCAAUGGGAUCCCCAGCCGUCACAGAUAGAGAAAACCUUUUAGAUUUUAAAGAGACAUUUUUUUUAAUAUGGAUUAACCUCUGGCAAAAAUCUGCUGCUUCUUUUUUCAAUGUUUUUUGUUUGCAGAAAGCACAAAGUGAUGAUUUCAGGACUAAAAUGCAAGCAAGUGGUAUUUUAUCUACUGAACAUUGUUAAGUAAU